AUGUCUGAUGUACUCCCCUUUAGGACCAACACCGAUGGUCAGCGCAUCCAGGACUUUCAACAGGCCUGCCGUGGUCUUCUGUACGAAGUUGUUUCGGAAGCAGGCGUCUUGGAAGACGAGUUCUUGGCACGCAAACUGGCCAUCCUUGACCUAGGAAUUGGUUGCGGCGAUCAGUCGCUGGAACUUGCACAACUCAUCCGUCAAAGCAGCUGGGACGAGUACAGCUACGUGGGACUCACCCUGAACCCUUCGCAGUUCUAUCUAGCCUCCAAACUACCAUUUCAAGAGUUUCAGCUCCCCGGUAGCCGCGCCAAGGCCAUACAAGUUUUCCGAGCCGAUGCUGCAAGGCCAGACAAGUGGGACGAAGAUGUCAAGUCGGCCAUAACGUCUUUGGCAGACGAGCACCCCGAAAACCAAGCGCGCUGGGUUCUCGCCUUAGACAGCCUGUACCACUUCUCUCCUGACAGGAAGCCGAUCUUCAACUAUGCUGCCCAAGAGCUCGAUGCUUCAUUCAUGGCAUUCGACUUGCUUCUGAGCCACACGGCUUCGCUUCAUCAGAAGCUGCUUGUCAAAUUCAUUGGCCUUGCAAUGGGCUGUCCUGUAGGUGCAUUUGUAACAGAAAUCGAGUACAAAAAGCAGCUGAGCGAAGCUGGGUAUGACGGAAAGCACGUCCGUUUCAGGGAUAUCACAGACCAUGUCUUUUCUGGUCUUGUGGACCACAUCAAGCGCCAGGAAGAGGUGCUCCGGCCUUAUGGGAUUUCAGUAGGAAAAUUCAGAGUUGCUGGUAGAGUUUUUAGCUGGUUCGCACGAUCAAAGACAUUGAGGGCCACCAUCGUAGUUGCCCGGAACAAGUCCAAGAGACUAUGA